ACAAUGGCGGCUUCCAUUGGAAUAGAGUUGGAGGAGAAGUUAUAGGUUCAUCGGAGCUAUCUGCUCUAGUUAAUGUGACCAGAAUUAUCUUAGCCAAUCCGGGGACACGAGACGGGAGGGAAGAACUAGAGUAGCCUAGUCCAAAAAAAAGGGGACUGUCCCCAGAAACGGGACGGAUGGUCAGCUUACCCUACUAGCAAGUGCUACAUCGCCCAGCCCUGAUGGGGUCGUUGUUUGAAGUACGAGGAUAUACCAUUUUCAAAGGCAUAGCAGCUCUUGGAGUAACAUUUCUUCUUGUGCAAUUCAUCAUCUACAAGAUCUUUGUGGACAAAGUAGAACAUCGCUUUGACACCUCGCCAUGGGGAGUAACUCGUCUGUUCUUUGAGACAUGUCAAAAUUUGGAUCUGCCAGUUUUUGCUGUAGAGCCAUCUUUACUACGUGCACUUCGAGCUGGAGAAAAUUCUCUGGAACUAUGGAACAGAGGACAGUACCCUGUGCUUACUUUUGGUGUAAUUGAAGCUAGCCAAGAUGAGCUGCAUGGCCUUUUGUCAAGCUUUAACUCCUUCAACCAUCUAGAAGUCGUGAGUGGUGACCCCAGGGAGCUGUCCUCUGUUGAGUCGGUACAGAACUACAGAGUCAUUCCUACUCACUACUUCUUAUGGCGACCACACUCUCAAGCACCAUUGCUCCAUCUAGUGGUCUUCUAUCGCAGAGGAGACUACUACUGGACUGGUGCAGCAUCCACUGACAGGAACUUCCGUUCUCUGCCAUUAAACGUGUCUCAUUUGAUCCUUGGGAUACAUGCUUCAUCCCUUGAAAUCUUUUCAGUUGUAACAGAGAAAUUCAAGGGGUUACCGAUAUCCUACCCUAAAGAUACUUCUUCCUUCAUUUGGAACUUGCAGCAUUCCAAAUUUAUGGAGUGUGACUAUGCACAGGCUAGGCAUUUCUUCAUUAAAUAUGGAAGGAAGAACAUGCAGGAUGCUGAGUUUCGUCAAAAGGCAAGACAACUAUUAUUUUUGGUGGUUAAAACACUGGACAGCAUGUCUGUGCCAUUUUGGCUGAGUAGCGGAACCUGUCUAGGAUGGUUCAGACAGUGUGAUAUCAUUCCAUACAGCAAAGAUGUUGAUAUUGGUAUCAGGAUCAAAGAUUACAGAGAAGAAAUGAUUACAGCUCUGGAAAACAAUGGACUUCAUUUAAUUCAACUGUUUGGAAAAGUUUCAGAUAGCCUUGAGCUUUCGUUUGCUUAUAAGGAUAUCAAACUGGACAUUUUCUUCUUCUAUGAGGAAAAAGACUACAUAUGGAAUGGGGGUACACAGGCAAGCACAGGAAGAAAGUUCCAGUACAUUUUUCCACUGUUUUCUUUAUGCUGGACUGAUUUCUUGGGACUAAGAGUGCGAGUUCCAGAUCCUGCCUUGCCCUAUAUUCAAGCUAAUUAUGGGAAGAAAUGGGAUGUGCCAGUGCGAGACUGGGACUGGAAGAAAAGUCCUCCCAAUGUGGUCGAAAAUGGGGAAUGGCCACCUAGGGAAAGAGACCAAGUGAUCCAGCUCUUUGAAUGGGAGAACAGCUAGAAAUAUUAGAAGGCAUUAACAUGUCAGCAAAGACUCACCUCCAGAAAGUUACAUGUCUUCUGUUUAUUGUGCUUUGAAUAUCUUUGAAUACAGUUCCACAUCAUCUUCUUCAUCUUCCAUGUUCAGCAACAACAGUAAAUCCAAACCUUAAUUGAGUACAUCCCAGAUACACCAUGUAGAAAAUGUAUUUUCUACUUUUAGCAAUGUUUGAUUAGAGUAGGGCAACAGCAAUAGCUGCAAAGACUUUAUUGCUCACAGUUUGGGUUCUAACAUCAGCUUCCUUUUGUCUUUGUUACCCAGUUUUGUAAUUAACAAACUCUUUUUGAAAUAUUGCUUUAUGUAUAGCUUGUAAUCAACUUACACUAAAUACAGGCCAGUUGAACUGAUGGUCUGUGCUGCAUGCCAAGAAGUGAAAUAAAUUCACUACAUACUAGAGCAUGUAUACACAUUUAUGGUAUAUAUAUAUAGAGAGAAUCUCAUUUUAUAAUGCUAAAAAAAAUUUUUAAUAUUUAUGGUUCAGUGUUUACCUGAAACAUGGAUGUUUAGUUGGGAGGCAAAGAAUGCACAGUUCAUUUGGAUGUUAAACUGUUAUGAUGAGGAAGGACCAAGGCAAUUACUAUACAAUGAUUUUAUUACAACAGCUGUUUUUAAUGUGCCUUGCUUUAGAUAAAAAAGCAAAAACAGAAGACUAUUGGUUGUGACAGGAAAUACUUGUAAAUGAUAUCUCACUAUUUCUGAUUAUCACCUGUUCAGAGUGAGAUUUUGUGAUGUGUGGUUGUGGCUGGUAAUCAAGACAUAACUUUGGGCCUUACCUGUCUGUGAUGCUUCUAUAGCAAUUUUUUUUAAAAGAAGGGACUGUAUUAUUUUGAUAAUAAAUCAAUUUCUCUUUCUGAAUGUUGCUUUACUUUUUCAGAUCUUGGCCUUGUUUGAUUUUAUAAUUUCAUAUAUCAGUUAUCAUGUACAGGUUAAGGUUAAAUGCGAUGGAUUGCACAGGAACACUAUACUAUUAGCAACAGUGCGCAGCUGUCAUUCCAAAUGUUUUCUUGUCAUUUUCAUGAAGUGUAAAAUAAGGGAGAGAAAGAUACCUAUGUGUAUGGAUGAGGGUAAAAGAGUGUGUGGAUGAGGGUAAAAAGAGUGUGUACUACAAUGAUGCAUUUCACUAGCUGUUUGCUAUUCAACAUUAUUCUUAUUAUCUAUAUAUUUAGUUAUGAAUGAUUUUAUGUCAGAUUUUACACACAAAAGUGCAAAUUAAAAAUGUUUACACUUAA